GGCGUUCUAAAGCCCCGUUUAAAUCCCUGGGAGGUAAUGGGUUGGACAUCAAAACAACAACGCUCCAUCUAUCGCAGCUGGGCUCAACACUUUGCCAGUAAACGCAAUAAUACGCAGGCGCUGGAAUAUUUUGACAAGUGCAUCGAUGAUCACGUGUCUGAUGACUUUUUGACCCUGUUCAUGAGGAGCAAAUUCAAUAGAUUGAUUGCACGUCCGGAGGCUGCGUUAAAAGACAGUCAAAAGGCUUCCAAGAUUGCUGGUCCAUGGAAUACAUCGGUCAAUAUACAAAUAGUUGAUGCAUUGCACGAUCUCAAUCAGUUUGAGGAAAACAAAAUGAUCAUUCACAACAAUUUGCGGAUGCAUGUCGGCCAUAAAAAAUUGCCAUUUAAUCAUCGUCUCACGAUUAUCAACGAGAACUUCAAGGAUACCAUCGGCGAUAGUCUGACUCCAUUUUUUCUGAAAAAUGGCUCAAAACUGGCCGCCUUCCACGAACACCAUCUCAAGCAACGGAAACACGUCGAGCCCACUAUACGCUGGCAGAAGCUCAAGGAACGAAAUGAAUGCGAUGUCCUGAGCUUUGUUGAGAAGAAGAAUCUGAGAGCAUCACCGCUGGAGACGGCUUGGUCCAAACGCAAGACAAAAGUCUAUUUUCAAACCUAUUUCCAGCAAACCUGGGCCGAUAUCUCAUUUCUCAAAUCACUUCGCAGCAAUCCCAAUGUCGUGAUGGAUAAGGCAUUUAAUUCCGCUGGCGAACGCAAAGAGAUCAUGAAUACUUGCUUUGACUACGUCAACAAAUUUUGCCGUAUGCUUCACGCCCGUAGUCCGAUUUAUAAUGAGCUUUACGCGCGUUCCGACAAUACCGAGAUGGCGGCACGCUUCCAUCAGGCCAACAUGUUCAGAAUACAGUAUCAAACACGCCGGAACAUGAUUUCCAUUCUACGGACUAUUAUGGCUUUACGAGAACAAGAGGAUACAGUGCGUCUGCGCAAAUAUGUGGCAAAAGUUAUGGGCGAGUAUAAUGUGCUAAAGACGCGACGGGUGAUGCCCUGGAAAACGGAAUUCAUGAACGAGGUAUACAAUCAUUUGGCAUUGAGCCUGUGCGAGGGUUAUCGUCUGCCCAACCAGAAAGUGUCGCCCUACGAUAAUAACUCCAUGUGCCAUCUACUUGGGGUGAUGCCAUUAAAGCCCACCGAACAGCGGCACGUUGUCUUUGGAGAUCGCUCCACAUACGUCUACGACGACAGCGGUGAGGCCUUUGAGCAGGCAAAGGCGCAUAAACGUGCCAAACUUGAAUUGGAGAAGCGUUUGCAUUUCUCAAAGCAACCCAUCGAACGCAGCUACCUUCUUUAUGAGUUGGCCGACUCGCACAUGGCGCAGAAUCAACAGCUUCGUUGCCUUUUGUAUGCUAAGAAGUCCAUCGAUGAGGCCAGAAGAUGCAAUAGUAAAAUCUGGGAAUUUUUGGCCACAAUGCUGCAAGCCAAAUCGCAUGCCAUACUCUGUAAGUUCGAGCGUCAGGCGGAGGUCCUCAAUAAUGCCUAUGAGUUGGCCAAGGAGCUGCGGUCGCCCAGGCUAUGCACCUUCAUUGAGCUCUGCCGGAUGCUCAACAAGGAUUAUAUGACGCUGCGCAAAAUGUCUCAACUGGUGGCUACCAAGCGUCUGCGUACCAGGAUGUCACAUCGUUCCCUCAAUGAUAGCUCAUAAUGAUAUAGGGAAGCGAGUACUGUACAGGCUAAAAGUGUGGGACUUUCCCGCAUUUCUUGUACAGCACUCGCUUCUCUAAUUACUCUGCAUGAGUUAGUUGAGCGAUAUUUUUUGUUUUUUUUUUUUUAUCAAAUUAUUAACAUAACAAAAAACACUAAAUUUUAAUUAAAACCAAACAAAGAAAUUGUAUUAUGUUUAAUGCAAAUCUUACAAAAAAAAUUAAUUAAAU